GCAGUCAGACUUAGAAGCCUGUGAUUGGCUGAUGUGUCUGUCUAGCCCGCCGAUUUUUAACCAAUGAAAUAUGUUUCUUUCGUUCAUUGUGCGAAAAGACCCAAUCAGGGAACAGCAGCCAGCCCUCUUAAAUUAGCAUGAGCGUUCAAUAAAUCCCCAGUACAUGAAUUUAAAUACUUAAUGUGUUGUUUUACUCAUCGUGAACUAACAUGCCUGAACCAGCGAAGUCUGCUCCCAAGAAGGGAUCCAAGAAGGCCGUCACUAAGACCGCCGCUAAAGGAGGAAAGAAGCGCAGAAAGUCCAGGAAGGAGAGCUACGCUAUCUACGUGUACAAAGUGCUGAAGCAGGUUCAUCCUGACACCGGGAUCUCUUCGAAGGCGAUGGGGAUCAUGAACUCUUUCGUAAACGACAUCUUUGAGCGCAUCGCCGGUGAGUCGUCUCGUCUCGCUCACUACAACAAGCGCUCCACCAUCACCUCGAGAGAAAUCCAGACCGCCGUGCGUCUGCUGCUGCCCGGAGAGCUGGCCAAACACGCCGUGUCUGAGGGCACCAAGGCCGUCACCAAGUACACCAGCUCCAAGUAGAGCUCCGAACCGACUCCGAGACACAAAGGCUCUUUUAAGAGCCACCCAUCUCAUCACCUAAAGAGCUUGCACAAUUUUAGUCUGUUUUCCUGGAACUCGAAUGAUCCGAUCUGGCGAAUAAAACGUUAUGCAGGUCCUAUAUCACGAUAGU